UUUCAUGUAAACACUCAUGAAAUGUUGGCUAUUUAUCAGGAAGAUAGUGCAAAGAUUUGUAUAUGUUCAGUAGUUGAUAUCUGAUAUCAAGAUCAUAGUGAUGAACAUAAAGAUGAGUAUAGUUGUUGGUAUGAUAAUGGUUUGUUUGAUGUUCAAGCAGUUGGUAUCAGGACGGAUGUUGGAUCUAACUUAUGUCUUAAAACCUGGUUCACCAGCUUAUCCUGGAAACAUACCAUUCAAAUUAACACCAUUGAGAAAGGAAAUGACCUCAGGAGGGUUUUGGGUAGAGUUUAACUGGUUUUCUACAAGCGAGCAUAAAGGAACUCAUAUAGAUGCUCCCAAACAUUUUAUAAAGCACGGAUUGACCUUGGAACAUAUACCCAUGGAGAGACUGGUCGGACCUGGUGUGGUAUUUAGAGCCAUUGAGGAAGCCAAGAACAAUUCCGAUUUCGAGAUCUCAAGAGAAUGGUUGGUGAAUUGGGAAUCUCGGUAUGGUCGAAUCCCAGAAAAGUCGAUAGUUUUCAUGCAUUUUGGGUGGGGACGUGAGGACAAUAAUAUGAAUUUGCUUUUCGGCUCUGAAAACACCGAGGACACAAGUACCUUUCAUUUCCCAGGAAUAGGAGGCGACGGUAUGGAAUUCUUGGUUAAGGAGAGAAAUAUAUUUUCAAUAGGAACGGAUGCAACUUCAAUUGAUAUCGGACAAACAAAAACAUACCUUGCUCACCGAAUGUCACUCGGCAACAACGUCACUGUUUUGGAAAACGUCGCUAAAUUGGACCAACUUCCGGUAACUGGUGCUCAUAUUGUGGUCGCGCCCAUUAAGCUUUUAGGAGGAUCAGGAGGGCAAGCACGCAUUAUAGCAUUUAUUGACGAGGAUCCACUGACAUCUACAAGAUGUUCCGCUUCUACCUUCUAUGUUUCAUUUUAUUGGGCUUUGUUCGGUCUAUUUUCAAUGGCUUUUGGAUUUCUUACCUUUGAUUAAAUGGAAGAAAUUUGCAGAAAUCGGUUGUCCUCCUUGCACAGAACAACAACUAUCGGCGAAUUAACCCAGUCGGUCUAUAUCACUCAUCACGGAAGCGACGUAACUCAUCGAAAUAUUUGAAUGAUGUCGAUAGGAUUUAUGAAAUUCAAGUUUUUUCACACCGUUCUGUAGUAAUAUUUUUAACUGUAACUUUUACAUAUUAUUUUAUCAGUGCUGUCUAUCUAUGGGGACAUUCUAACUUUCGGUUUAAAGAAAAAGUAAUGUUGCUUUCAUACGAAGUGGAUUAUUGACAUCCCUGACAUGUUGGAAGCAAUUGAAAACAAUACAAAAAAUAGGAAUUUUCAACAGUGUUUUAAUCAUCCGACAGCUUCCGACCACCCCGAUAGUCCUACAUCUCAUUUUGAGACUUGAUACUCGCGAAUUGAAAAAUACGAUUUCGUAGCAUUCGGAGACUAUCGAAGGAUUAAAGGCACCACAAACUUCAAUUUAAGUGAAAUAAAUAGAUUUAAUCGUU